AUGACAUUUUCCAACAUUUCAAUAUCACCAAUUGAUCCGGGAGAAUUCGAAAAUGCAAUUGAAGAAGCUUCUACAAAUACAGUUGGAUCAAUGGAAAUAUUUCUAAUUCUAUUAUUCUCAAUUCUCUCAAUUAUUGGAGUUGUUGGAAAUGUUUUGGUGAUUACUGUUGUUUUGAAAGUUCGAGGAAUGGUAUGUUUGAAGAACCUUUUUGUGUUGUGUUGAAAAUUCUGUUUAUUUUCAUUGUUUGUUUGUCCAGCAGCACGUCAUUUCAUUUUAACAUCGCAUAAUAAUUGGAAAAUCAAACAAUGAAUUAAUCUUCUCACGUGGGAGGAAAAUAAAAUUUGGAUCUUAAUUUUCGUAGAUCAACAAUUUUAGAGAACGAUCAAAAAGUUAUCCACGAGAGAUUUAAGGGUUUCUAGGAAAAUGUGGAUGAUCCUAUAAAUAAAAAUAUUUAUCAGGGUGGUUUUUUUCAUGAUUUUUAGACUGAUUUCUUGAAACAGGGACUAGAUUUCUCGCUGAUGAUUUUUAAAGAAACAUUCAAAGUAAACCUCUGAAAAGUAGACCAGGAACAUUUUUUUCUAACCAUUAAAAAAAACUACUAUUAAAAUCCAAAAGCUCAAUCUGUCUCCAAAUAAAAAAUAUUGUUUUUCAAUUUUGGUGAAAUGAAUUCUAUAAAUUAUUCUGAAAACAAAUGUGCGCUGAAAUUACAAAAAGGACAUCUGAUGUAAUUCUACAAUAUCUUUUGAAUUCAAAUCGAAUAUAUUUGAAUGUGAACAUAGAAGGGCUGGUCAGAAAUAUUAUUCAAAUUAGUGUAAUCUAGAAUAGUUUGGUCAUGAAGUUUGAUGUAUAGAAACUGGAUGGUCAAAAUAUGAGAAUUACUUGUUAUUUGGAGCUUUAAAUUCCAAAAAAAUCAAUAUCCAACUGACAUUAAUAAUUGAAAUAAUAAUAUUUUGCAGAAAACUCCAACCAAUUGUUAUUUGGUCUCACUUGCCGCCUCAGAUACUUUAUUUUUCUUCGCUUCAAUGCCACACGAAAUGAUGUAUUUAAUAGGAAAUGGUGAUCAUUAUAUAUUUGGAAGUAUUGGUUGUGCACUUCUCACAUAUCUUCCAUAUCUUGCAAUGAAUACAUCAAGUCUUUCAAUAACUGCAUUUACUGUCGAACGAUUUAUUGGAAUCUGUUAUCCAUAUCGAGCACGAACAAUGUGCACUGUUAAACGAGCGAAAUUGAUUAUUUGUAUGUUGUGGAUUGUUUCGAUUAUUUAUCAUUCACAAUGGUUAUUUUUGGCGGCUGUUGUUGAAGAUAAAUAUGGAACUGCUUGUAGUUUUAGAUUGGAGAGAAAUGAUUUGAGUUAUAAGGUCAGUUCAAUGAAUUUUUUAAAACGUCUUGGACCUCCUAGAAAAAAUAUGACGUGGAAAAAUUUAUCAAAACCUCAAUGAGGUGAUUCAAGUCGAAAAAAAUUAAUAUAAAACAGAAAAUUUCGAUUCAGCAAAUGUUGGAAAACUAUAGUUUUUACUAUUUUUGACACUUUAUUUUACUAUUUUAGAACUUCUAACUGUUUUUCAAAAAUAAUUGAGAAAAGAUAAACAAAAUUUGAAACGUAUUUUUGUUGGAUUAAAUUUCCCCUUAAGGGGAUUAAUUAUCUUAUCAAUUUCAAUUUUUUAUAAUUACGUCAAUUUUUCAACAAAAAAAAAUAAUAAUGGUCUUGAUCUUUUUCCAGACCAAAAAAAAUAUCAAGAGUUUAUUUAAACUUUUUUGUAUUUGACUUUUGUCUUACACCAAACAAAAUGAAAAAUGAUUUUAGAUCGUGUUUCUUGCCGAUUUCUUCUUUCUUUAUGUUGUUCCAAUGCUUCUCGAUAUCAUAAUUUAUGUAAAAAUUGGAAUAACAUUAAGUCAAUGCAGUGAUAAAAUUAAGAAAUCUGUAAAACCAUUAUCAAUGAAAACUGAAGCAACGCAUGCAAAUGUGACAAUGAUACCAGCAACAAAUACAACAACAACUGUAACAACAAAAUUAUCAGUUAGCGGAUAUACUGGAAGAGAUUCACAUAUAUCUGGAAAACGAAAUUCAUCAAAAGGUCGUAAUCAAGUUGUUAAAAUGCUUGCAUUGGUUGUGGCUGUUUUUGCAAUUUGUUGGUUGCCUUAUCGAGGAAUGGUUAUGUAUAAUUCAUUUGUUUCUGCUGAAAAACAUUGGAGUCCUGAUUGGUAUAUUAAUUUGGCGAAAACUUUGAUUUUUAUAAAUUGUGCUAUCAAUCCGAUUUUAUAUAAUUUGAUGUCUGCAAGAUUUCGAGCUGCUUUUAGAUCUUUGUUAUCGAAAAGGAAACGAUCAACAUAUCAGACAAGUGAGUAUUUUUUGGAUUUUUCUGAAAAAAAGAAGUCACUUUAUUUUACUUUAUUUUCCACGAUUGUUUUAAUAAUUCCCAAAAAAAUUAUUCCAUUUCUUUAAAUGAUUUUUGAGUAAAUUUUAAUAGGAUUUUCAAGUUGUUUUUUUUCACAUUCACCAUUACAGAUUAUCAACAAGCACUUGUUACAAAAAGAAGCUUGAAUAGAAUUCAAGAUUUUUUGUAACUUUUUCUGAAGGUAUCGCUUGAUCUAUCUAGAAAAAUCUUUGUUUGCACUGCACGAAAUCAAAUUUCUCGGACUUCUUUCAAAAUUUUCCAUAUUUUCCAGCUGCUCCAAUUUCUGCUCGUCAUCGUCUAACAACUCUCGACGCUUUAUCUUCUCAACAAGAACCAAAAUCUCCACUGAUAUCAGCCGGCGCUUCAACUCCCUAA